GAUUAAAAUAGACGAGGCUGAGUAAGUUUGUGUGCAAAUAAGGCCAUAAAGCAGCAAAUCCUAAGCAGCGUGCUUGUAAUCGCGCUGCUCUUGACUGUGGUGUCUCUCGCCCUCUGAUUAGAUUUUCCGGGAACCGCAACUAAGGUGAUUUCUAACUGUACUUCUCACUUCCUUUGUUCCUAGACGAAGGGCUAAAUGGCUUCUUCUUCUUCUUCUUCUAAAGAAACCGAUGAGACUCCCGACACUCCAUCGUCGCCAAAGAGCAUAUACAAGGAUCCAGAUGAUGGGCGACAACGGUUUUUGCUUGAGUUGGAAUUUGUCCAAUGUCUAGCUAAUCCCACUUAUAUCCAUUAUUUGGCUCAGAAUCGCUAUUUUGAAGAUGAAGCAUUUAUUGGGUACUUGAAAUACCUUCAGUACUGGCAACGACCUGAGUACAUAAAGUUUAUAAUGUAUCCUCAUUGCCUAUUUUUUCUUGAACUGCUCCAAAAUGCAAACUUCCGCAAUGCAAUGGCGCAUCCUGGGAACAAGGAGUUGGCACAUAGGCAGCAAUUCUUUUUCUGGAAAAACUAUAGAAACAACCGAUUGAAGCACAUUUUACCAAGGCCACUUCCUGAACCUGCUCCUGCACCCCCUGCUCCUGCUCCACCUCCACCUCCCAUGCAGCCAGCACCACCUGUGCCUCCAACAAACAUUGUCAUGCCUGCUGCUCCUGCCUCAGCACUUUCUCCCAUGCCAUAUGGCAUGCCUUCUGGAUCUUCUCUCACAAAAAAUGACAUGAGGAACACUGGAAUUGAUCGAAGAAAAAGGAAGAAAGAAGUUUAACCUGAACUUUCAGCUUCUUUGACUGCAGUGGAGCAAAUAUAUCUGUUGCGGUAGUUAUACAUAUUAAUUUGUUUUAUAAGGCUCAUAAUGUGUGAAUGAUUUAGCCAUUCAAAAUAAUCAGCUCUGAAGUUUUAGAUGGGUCAAGGACCAAUCUACAAUAUCUACCCUUUUUUUUUUAAAAAAAAAAAAAAAUUGCUGGUAUCUCACUGCAGCGGGUGUAACUAUGGUAACUUUGUCUUUUUCAAAUCCUCUGCAAUGGAUGUGUUGGAGAACUUAUUCAUGGAUAACUUUCUAGAAGGCUGAAAAUCUUUAUAUUCCAACAAGUAAGACUUUACUUGUAAGAAUGCUAGAGAAUUCAUCAAAGAAUUUGCUAGUUGGAAAAUCUAUAUGUAUGCAUGGCAUGAUUCUAAUUGUAUAAACCCAACGCUUCUUUUUUACAUUUAUGCAAUAGACAUUUUAAGACCUUUUGUUUUAA